UCCGCGCCGAAGGCAGGAGAAUGCUGAGUGGCUCGGCGCUGCGUCGCUCAGACCAGGUCUUGUCUCGUCAUUGGCUUUCCCCAGCCAGGGGCGGAGCACAGGUAGCCGUGGCAACGACUGGCUCAGCUUCGGCCUCCUGGACCCUUCGGCUCACGCGGCCGGAAAAUGUAGUUUUACACGCUUGCUGGCGAUUGGCUGGGAUGGAGCGGGCCGUCAUACACGCUUGUCCCAUUGGUUCGGUGAGCUCAGCGUGGGGCUGGGCAGCAGCAUGGCUGACGGCGGCCUGUGGAGGCCUCCACGAACAUGUGAGGAUUAUUGGUCUGAAUGGAAACACUGUAAAGGCAUCCGUAAUAUAUUCCAUAACUAUUAUACGUAUGGGGAAGUGCCCUCCUGUGGACAGUGGAAAACAGACUAUGGCAAUUGCAGAAAGUGGGAAAAAAGCAAAAGUCCAGAUGCUAAGGAAUCCCUAUGCAAGAGUGAAAGAGCCAGGAUUCUGGAAAGACAAAAGUAUGAUCCAGUGUGGAAGCUCAGGAAAAGCCCACCAAGGGACUGGUACCUUCCUCUUGGUCAAGAUAAACCAAAGCACCUCAACAAAACCUGAAUUGGAGCUAAAGGAGAAACUGACAGUUAUCUUCCCACUACAGCAGACUGACAUACGAUCGCUUUAACAAUUUUUCUUCAUGGCAUAAUUAUACCCUCAGGAACUAUGGUUUGUCCAGAGUGAGGAUUUGUUACUCAGGAAUAAAUGAAAGGGGAAAAAAUAUUCCAUAAGUGAAAAAAUAAUGUUCACUGAAGCCACAGUUCCCUACAUGGGACCACGCUUCAGUUUGUGGCACAAAAAUGCAGUACAGUAGUACCCUGUUUAUCUGGUCUCAUUGGGAUGAGGCCAGAUCAGAAUCAAAACUCUGAAUAAACCAGGGAAUGGGAAAAUGCCAUGCCACAGCACCAUCUAAUGGCUACAGGAGAGAUUGCCCGCUUCUGGCCAUGGAGUCACGGUAAAUGCAGAGAACUGGCUAAGGGAGGGUUAGAUAAAUGGGGUUCUAAAGUAUUUUGGUUUUAUUGUCAAGAUGGUCAGUUGUAAAAAGAACAGGAACAAGGACAUGUGGUGUUUUUAUUUUCUUUUGACAGCCAUGUGCAUAGGGAUGUUUGAAAAAGCAAAAGAAAUAGUCUAGUCGCAUCCCAUUGUGUCCUCCUUUCAUGCACUUUAAUGCUGCUGCGUGGCAGAAUCUUCUGAUCUCACUGUGUGUACACUUUGGUAAUGUCGAUGCAUUUCCCUUCAGGAGCCUCAUAGCCAGGAACCUGUGGUGUGUAAGUAGGCCCCUCCUUCUCAAAGGGAAACAGGUCAUCAUCUCGUCUUAUUGCUGCUUGGUAAAGUUCUUCUGAUUCGAGACGCAAUUCCUCUAGUGCCUCCUGCUGAGCUGCCAUAAGAGACUUCAAUGUUUUCAUCUCUGCCUCAUGCUCUUUCUGCUUGUACAGGGCCCACUUCUUCAGGAGCAGGGCUCGCCUUUCACUCUCCUCAAAGGACAGCGGGGAGAUAUCUCGCGCUCUGGCAAAUGUGAAAGAACAUUUUAACACAGAAGCUGCUGACAUCCCAAAGAGCAAGCAUCUAACAAAAACUACAGUGAGAUACAAAGAGGCAAGUUGGCCCAAACACACAAUACUCUGGAUUGCCUUUAUGUAGAGUCUUUCAUUGGAGGAUACUAGUGCACUAUCUAACAGCAAAUUCCACUUGCCCAUUCAUCUGUUUGUUUCUAAACAAACAAGUAAAAUAUCAUUCAUGUUAUCUCUAUUGCCACCACAGGGAGAGUGGGUGAGAAGAUUUUGUACCUAAGCUGAUUCAUUUUGUGGCAAUUUUGCAAGAUUCCUUUACAAACAUUCCUCAAUAUACCUGAGGUAGUUAUCUUUUUUAAAGGUUAGAGAACAGGAGUUUAAAGACUUGCCCAAGGUAAUUAGAGAGACCAGGUGGGUGAGGUAGUACAAGCUUUUGAGCCACACAGAGCUUUUCUUCAGAUCUGGGAAAGGAACUCCCAGGUCACAGAAAAAUGCAAGGUGAAACAGAUUGUUUAGCAUAAGUAGUUAGCACGUAAUGUAUGGGAGCUUAAAAUUUAUUACUUUGCUAGACACUACAAAUAAUGGAUUUAUGGCACAUUACAACAAUCUGUAACCCACUAACCCAGUGGUUCUCAACCUAUUUAUUAUUGUGGGCCAAUGCAGGUUGAGAACCACAGUGCCCCUCCCCUCCAAAGUCCCCUAUGCCCAGUGUCCCUCGCCCUGAGACCCCUCCACAGAGCGGGCCAGGAUUGGGCAGCUGGCACUCACAUGCAACCACAUGGGGCUGAUCAGCCUAAAACUUGCUGCAGCACCCCCACAAAUCCCUAGUUCAAAGUGCCCCCCUCACUGCCCAGAGUGCUCUCCCACCCCACAAACCUGCCCAGAGAACCACUCUCCUUCACCCUGCCCCCCUGUGUCACUCACCAGCCCCCUGCUAGCAGGAAUACUCCAGCAGGCUGCCAGAUGGUGUCUCCCUCUCAGCCAGCUCUGCCCCCUUUCAGACCAGAGUGACAAAUUUUGAAUUUUUUUUAGCACGCACUGGGCCUGCAGGCUGCCUACUGCACUAACUCCAUAUUUUUGUUCUAUGACUGCAGAGGUGUUAAGGAACCAUUCAAGAUAGAGUGGCCCAUUACAACGGGUUCUCAACCUUUUUCUUUCUGAGGCCCACCCAACAUGCUAUAAAAACUCCAUGGCCCACCUGUGGCACAAUAACUAGCUUUCUGCAUAGAAAAGCCAGGGCCUGUGUUAGGGGUAACAAGCAGGGCAAUGGGCUGUUAAACACUUUGCAUUUUGCUGUGACACUGGGAAUUCCUUUCCCAGACCUGAGUGUCUCAAAAGCCACCAGAAGUUGGACCAAUAAAAAAAUAUUACCUCAUGCACCUUGUCUCUCAUAUCCUGGGACUGACACAGCCACAACUAGUACAUUGCCAAAAGUCAGUGGCAAAGUAGGUAGGGAGUAGAACCUAGGACUUAUAAUUCUAAAAUUCUUGUUCCAACCAGUAAACAACACUCCCCUUACCAGGUGCCAGCAUAGGGAUACAAAUGAAUCUAAAAUGGGAACAAAAGUCACACCAAACAAAUUACAUAUGUUUUCGCAUGUGUGAAGUAGAACAUUCCAAAAUCAGAGAGAAGGGUCUGCUGCCACUCCUCUCAUGAUAGAUUGUUGAGCCCUCCAGAAACUCCUUCAAAGUCCAUCUCAGCACUUGGAAUUGGAAGUAAAGUCUUAGACUGAUCCCAUCUGAUUUAUCAAAGGGUUUUUAAACAACUCUGUGUCCUACACCCAGAAUUAUAAUUUUUCAUUACAAACACAAAACACUGUUUCAAAAGCAAUUUGUAGGAGAAACAACUCAAGAAAAAAAAUUCUAGAGUUGCAGAAGUCACAAAUUUUUUGAUCCUUUAACUAUUUAUCUCAAAACUGACUCCCUUGUCUCUAGCACAAGGCACCUUAUGAGCAACAGGGUAGGGUUAGUAGGUAGAUAUUUCACUGUUAUUUGCACUUCUCCAGUUCAUUAUCUACCCUAAAGUAAAAGCUAGCAGUUCUCUAUACCUUGAAGCAUCCAAAAACUUGAAUGGUGUUACAAAAUCCUCAAUGGGAAUCAUUUCCUGGGCAGCUUUUUCCAGCUUUUUUAUCUUUUUCUUCAUACGGUCCUUUUGUGCUUGUUCUCUCCUUGGAUCUGCCUUCUUUUUCUUCCGUGGUUCUGCUCUAGUGGAGGAAAUUAAUUUAAAAAUUUUGUAUCUGUGUAUACUCAUGUAAUACUUAAUAAUUUUUGUUUCUAUAGUAAACCCAUCCUAGAAUAAAAGGGUGUGUCUAAUAGGGAAUUUAACUAUGCAUACUGGAAAUUUGAGAAGCAUACCUGCAGCAAAUCAAUAUAAACUGUAAUAAAGUACAUUUUCUUACAUCAAUCUGUACACAGAAGAAGAAUACUUACCACUUUACAAAAAUUAACUAAUUGGUCCUUACAGCACUCUUGUUGUACUUAGAAAAUGAAAACCAGCAGGAUCUUAUUUAGGGGAUAAGGCAAUAUGCUGUGUUUAUUGUGAAUACAGAAAGAAUUAAUCAGUUACAGCUAUAACAUGCUAUUCACACACACAAGUUCUGCAAGGUGGUUGUUAUAGUUACCAACCUUAGAGUUGCUCAUGCCAAGUCACUGGCCAGGUGGUCAGGACAUGAGAAUGGAGCCGAGUCUUGUCAGAUGCACAUCCAAUGCUCCUGGAGGGUGGUUGCAGAACCAGACUCAAAGUUCCCAGUUUUUAGAGUCUAUCUUUACAGGGAUUCAUCCUAAUUCAAAUCUAUAGGGUUUGCUUUGUCAUGCUGUUUUUAUGUUUGAAGUGAUAAUCACCAUUCUCACGUUUGAAAUUAUAGUCAAUCACACAGAUGGCACAGCAAUGACGGCUUGUUGUUAUCUUGGGUCUUUGGCCCCUCUGUCCUUGGGGCAGUUGUGGGAUGGUUUCUGGCUUGCCCUCAGGGUAAUCCAGUUAUCUUACCCAAUGCCUUCUCAUUCUUUGGCCUGUUGGUUUUUCCCCUAGAUGUAGUGUUAUUUAUUAGGCUGGCACUUCAAUCUUUUAUUACUUAUUCAAACAUACAUCCGCAAUCACAUCCUAUUUUACUUAACAUAUCUCCUACAUUUUAUUACCUAUGCAUUCUUUAACAUAACUAUUCUCAAAUCAUUGGGGCAUGACAGACUCCAAUUAAUCUAUCCAUGCCACUUGUUAUACAUUUAAAAAAAAAAACAAAA